UGCCAACAGAUCUUGAAACUUGUGGCUAAUUGUUGGCUGCACGAUGCGGCCCCCGCGGCCACGAGUGCGCGAGCGGCAGUUAAUCUUGUGGAACUCCAACGGUUGGUCGUCCCUGUGAUCCGUUCUACUUACAAGACCGCUACAAAAAUUAACGAGAAUGUCAAAGAAGAACGAUUUGGAGGUCAAAAAGAUGUCUCACCGGGAACCGACCGAAUCUACCCCGCUUGUUCCCAAAAUUGGUCUUGAAAGUGGAGGUGGCGGUGCUCCUCCAUCGGGAGGCGAUCAAUCAUCUGGUGGUCUGUCAGCCAAGCAGACAGCUCUCCUCAUCGCUGGGGAGAUGGCCGGUGCUGGUGUACUCGCUCUUCCUCGAGCUCUUGUGAAAACUGGUUGGAUUGGCGUGCCAGUAAUAAUUGUGAUGGGAAUCAUUGCUGCCUUCAGUGGUAAGCUCCUUGGCGACUGCUGGUCAAUAAUCGAAGGUCGUGAUGCUGAGAUGAGAACCAGGAAACGUAACCCAUACGCUAUAAUUGCUGAUCAAUCCUUGGGAAAGAUGUGGAGUGUCGCCGUGUCACUUUCGAUGGUUGUCACUCAGUUCGGCGUGUCCGUGGUGUAUCUGCUGCUGGCAGCUCAGAUAGUUGAGCAAAUCUUCCUCUCCUUGAUACCCACCGUUACCAUUUGUAUGUGGUAUCUCAUCGUAGUUGGAGUAAUGACACCCUUAAUGCUUUUCGGCACACCAAGGAAUUUCCCAGUUAUCGGACUUGUGGCGUUCCUGACAGCUGUCAUAGCAUGUGUUCUCUACUUCAUUCAAAUGAUGAACGACAUCAGGCCAUUUGUGUUCCGUUGGGGUAUCCACGGCUUUGCCGACUUCUUCCUGGCAUUUGGCACAAUCAUGUUCGCUUUUGGUGGAGCAUCUACCUUUCCCACCAUCCAAAACGACAUGACUGAUAAGGCAAAGUUUAAUAACAGUCUGAAAUACAGUUUCGCUGCUAUCCUCGCCAUGUAUCUGCCAAUCGCUAUUGCCGGGUAUGCAGUAUACGGUGAAGCAGUGGCACCCAAUGUGUCGGCGUCGCUCGCGGCGACACCACUCACAUUGGUCGGAAACAUCAUGAUGACAAUGCAUCUCCUCUCCGCCUUUGUUAUCUUAGUCAACCCUGUUUGCCAAGAGAUGGAGGAGCUCUACAAUAUUCCUAGAGAUUCAGUUGGGAACACUGCCCUGGUUCGUCUGUCUGUCAUGGCGGGUAUCCUGUUCAUCGGUGAAAGUAUUCCACGGUUCUACACUAUUCUUGCACUUAUUGGUGGUACUACAAUUGCUUUGACCACCUUUGUGCUGCCGUCGUGGUGCUAUCUCAACCUUGUAAGUCAGACCCGGGAAGGACAAGCGCCUAUCACUACACCAGGUUGGAUCAAAUUUGUCUGCUGGGAAAUCAUUGCAAUUGGUGUCGUCGGCGGAUCAUUUGCAACUUACAGUGCACUCAGCGCCAUUUUCAGCACCGCCCAAGCUGUACCCUGUUACCUACGAUAAAUAUAACACUUCUAAGCAAAAAUAAAGGGAGUUUAUUUAUGUAUCUCUUGAUUGAUCCAAGGCAACAUGACAAAUGACAACAAGCAAUACCUCUCGUCAUUUACAUUAAUUCAUUUUCAAUAAAAUUUACAAAAGCUUAGAUUAUUUUAUACAGGGUGGACCAAAAGUCCGUUUAUAAUUGGAAUGAUGAAUUGAUUUAUUUCUUAAAAAUCACAUCAUCCAUAUGCAAUCCUUCAUUAUUCUGGCAUUGCUGCAAUCUAGAGCGGAAAUUUUCGAUGACAGCUUUACAUGUUUCUGUUGAGAUGUUUUGGAUUUCUGUGCGAAUACGAUCCUUUAAUUCGUCAAGAGUUACUGGGUUGGUUGGCUGGAAUGCAAGGGUUUUUGAUCACCAUGACAUAGUGUCACUCCAAUAACGACAAUUUUGUCUAUUAACAUGCCCAUUUAGGUGGAAGUGUGCCUUGUUGAGAAAAAAAUGUUUGUAAAACUGGUGAAUCGCUCUACCAUUUCGUUCGCAAACUGCAACCUAGUGGCAUGGUCCUGAGGCAAUAAUUCCUGCACGAUUUGGAUUUUAUAGGAAUGUAGACUUAAAUCUUUCUUGAGAAUGCGGUUUAAUACAUCAUUAUCUUGGCACGUUAAGGACAGCAGACCGCUUUCGAGUUGAUAGUCCAGAUUGCUCACGAACAGACGAUUUUACUCGCUCCACGUUUUCGGGGUCCCUCGACGUUCUAGGCCGGCCAGAUCGAGGUAAAUCCAUUGUUGAACCCGUCUUCUCAAACUUGAGCACCCAUUUUUUAAUUAACACACCUGAUGGAGCUUGAUUUUUGUGUCGUAUCUUGUAAUGAUUGCAAAACUUUCGUUGAGCUAAGGUCGCAGAAUCGUUGUUUCGAUAGUACUCGUGUACACAAAAUGCACGUUGACUAUUUCUAAACGACGCCAUGGUACUAAAUUCCCAUUGGCCGCUCUUGCAAUGCGUAACCCCUCCACCCCCCUCCGCCACCGCUGCUAGACGCGGCAACCGAUUCAAAUAUAAACGGACUUUUGGUUCACCUGUAUAUUAGACGGUUUCAUUAUCGUGUCUGAGCUUAAACAUUCUUUAUUUUUGCUUGAUGGUAAACAGUUUAAAAUUGAAUAUUACUUUCUAUCGGAUUUAUGUUAUAAUGAUUAUCAAACCAUAUUUUUAAGUGGGUUUUUUUGUUCGAUUUUAUUACGAGCACGGAUUUUAAUGUUAUGAAUUUAUAGUUUAAGUAUUUUAAUUUUAAUUAAUAUUUAACUUUGGAAAUGCUUUUUCAUAUCAAAUUUCAAGAUAAGCUACUAGGUUGACCAUUAUUAUUGAUUAUUAUUUUUUAAACGAGGCUUCAUACAGACCAAGCCACUUUAAACGAAAACUACACCUUAAAUGCUUCAGCAAGAUGUUAUGUUUACAAAGUAUAAAUUAGACGACAAUUUUUUUAAUUUUUAUCGCCACCACCAAUUUAAAAGUUGAUUUAUAAUACCUAUUAAGAACAAUCGGCAAGAGACUCAAACAAUUAUUGUUCUUUGUAAGUUAUAUAAUGGAAAUUUCGUUGGUAAGUUCUUUUUCUUAUUAAAUAAAAAGUAAUCUUAACAGCGCUACAGUAUCUUAUUUUUUUUACAGUUAUCUUAUAAGGCUAACUUUACUUUAGUUUGCGUAUUGCAACUUACGUUUUUGAAUAAAGUUUCAAUUAAAUAAGAA